AUGCGUUGGUCGCUGGCUGCGUGGAGCGAGAUUUCCAGUGCCACAAUCGCCAACUGCUUCCGUCAUACGGGACUCAUGGACGGUCCGGCUCUGCCGACUAGUGGGGGUGAAAACGAAGCCGGCACUGUUGGCCAGCUCCCGCUCCGCAAUCCCAUGUCGAUCGCUUCUCUUCUCAAUCCGGCUGAGGAGGAGGAGACGGCGCAUGCGGAGCUGACCGAUGCCGAAAUCAUCAAGCUUGUUGAGGAUCCGUAUGGGGAGGAGGAAGGUGCUGCUGAGGCGGAGGAGGAGGUGGAAAAGCAUUCGAAGGCUGAAAAGCUUGCCAGCCUUAGUCUAUCCAUCGCCCUUCUCGACCUUUCUCAGGAGUCCCAUCGUAUAGCUCACCGGACCCUUCGCCAAGUCCAAGCUGAUCUCCGUAGUGCGAGCACCACUCAGGCCACACUUGAUUCCUGGCUGAAGUAG